AUGGUGUUUGUCAAAGCCUUGGAGGCGCACCCGACGAUCCAUGACGAACUACCGCACCGCAUCCUGACCGGAUCUGUGCAGGUGCGACCGGAUGUCCGGCGGUUCACGCCGACAGGUGUCGUAUUUGAAGGCGGACUGCACGAGGAGGUUGACGUAGUCAUCAUGGCCACCGGCUACGACUACACUUUCCCGAUGCUCGACAAACAGAUACUGAACACAGAGGCGAACGGCGUGCGGCUUUACAAGUACACGUUCCCGCUCGACCUGAAGCACGCUACCCUGAGUAUCAUCGGGCUCGUGCAGCCCAUCGGCGCCGUCAUGCCUGUGUCCGAGAUGCAGGCACGCUGGUUCUCCAUGAUCAUGGCAG